AAAUUUCCAUCUUUUUAAUUAUCGCACGUCCCCUCGCACGUACAACAUUAUCCAUUYAUUGUGAAGAAUAAGUAAGGCCAGAUGUUGAGACCUUAGACCRUAGAAUACGUAAAGGAAAUGGAAAAUUGUCUGGUGCCUUUAUUAUGGCAUUGACCGUAGAAACAUCAUUUAUACUUCUGGUAAUAACAACAUCCUUGCGUUCUGAAAGCCCGAUAUUUUUUAAGCUCUCGCAGACAAAAAGCCUUUUUAAGAGUCUUAAAUGUACGGUGUCAGCCUUCAUUUGUGGCCGGGUAUUUUUCUCCGAUCAAUUAUUCAGUAGAUUCAAUCCAGGCGUGUCAAGCUAACUUGUUUCCAGGCGUACUCCUCUCUUCCGCUUUCAUAUGGCGCUUGGCGAAUGAGAAUGACAACAGUUCCAAUAUUCUCGAAUAACACAGAAACCAUUCAAGCGGACAUUUUCAAAAUCAAAAUCAUCAAACUGUAGCUGAGGCGUGUAUUCAAAGGUCACUCAAACAAGCUAUGGGAAUGGAUCUAUUUUGAAGCGAAUAGAUGAAGAGAUAUCGUCGAAUACGGCUUUAUAACCUCGCAUUGUGGUAGUUGACAGGCACGAAUCCGUCGGCGCUGARAUGCCGAAAGAAGACGGGAGAAUAGCGUUUAUACUUUAUAACAUUUCAAAGCUUUUUCAAAACCAAUGARCUUGUCUGGACUAACACGGUGGAGUUCAAGCGUUUSUCAUUUUGGAAGUAACAAUGUCAAAUUUCUGGGCUAAGUUCUACGAGCCUCUCCCCAGUGCACCACUAAAGCCAAAUAACGCAUCGGCAAUAUUUGGAGGCCAGGCACCAUACGGAUUACGAGCUGCUGAGCCAAGCAUCUUCAGACCUAAAGAUCCUACACCYAACAAACAAACCAAAACACGAAAAAAAGUUGCUAGAAGUCACAGUGAUGUAGGUAUAUCGAAAUCCAGCGAAAGACGAAAAUCAAGAGAAAUCGUCGUAAAAAGGAAAGAGCCGCCGCGAAACAGCGAAAACAGUUCGGUUAAGAACAACCGGCCAGUAUCUCCACGAAAGGACAGCGAAAAAAGCAGUAGUUCAGGAGACUCUCCYGACGGAGAAUCUAACGGUGAUCGAUAUCCAUUGUUUAUAUCUGUGAAAAAGACUUCCGAGRCCAAACCUCGAAAAUCCACAAACGGCGAAAACCAUUGCAACGGUACAACCGCAAGGAGAGGAAGCGAAUCCUCCCCGAAGUCUGCUACAAAAAGUCCAAAAGUCGCUAACGAAAGCCGUUCGCCUUUUGAUUCUUUAAGGCGAGAGAAGACUGAUUUUAUUAUCAGACCACGRAAAUCAGGCGAGACAGGUAGCCCAACAACUGCCUUGAAGAGAGAAAAGAGUGAUAUCACUUUAAAACGUUCCCAAUCUCCUGGUACCGUGAAACACCGUGUUACUGCUUCCCCAGCAUCGAUAAGACGUGAAAAAAGUGACAUCACUUUAAAGCGCUCGCAGCCUCCAGYACCCUUGAAAAGAGAAAAAAGCGACCUCGUUCGACCGCGUGGUUCUGCUUCUCCAGGUCCUUUAAGGCGRGAAAAAAGUGACAUCACCGGUAAACGUUCUCAGUCUCCAGGAGCUKCUACUUCUUCAGCGAAGCCUAGAGCGUCUGCUUCUCCAGGAAGACUAAGACGCGAAAAAAGUGAUCUUACUUCAAGCGGUUCGCAAUCACCAUCUAGUAUAACAAAAGAGAAAAGUGACGUCGUCAAACCACGUGGUUCUACGUCACCRGGAUCCUUAAAGCGGGAAAAGAGUGACCUCAGUAAAAAGCCUCCCCCUUCUCCCUCGAAGAGCGGACUUUCAAAGCCACGUGCGCCAGCACCUGGUGGAAACAAACCAGACAACACACCUACWMCAUCGAAAGAYUCACAGUCAGUUUCUGUUAAAAGUGAUAAAAAGGUAAAAUCUGCUGCGUCUAACUCAGAGGCGYCAGRACAMGAUACAAARCCAGAGACUAACGCCCUCAAAGGAAAAGAGGAGGCAACAAAUCAUAUUAUUUCAAGUAAAACCGUAAAAUCACCAGAAAAGAGUGAGUCCGUUAAGAAACYACCCAGUUCUCCUUCUAAGAGCAGUCUYCCAAAACCACGGGUCUUUGCAUCUGCUGGUUUAGUGAAAGCUGAUACAGGCGAWAACUCUUUAAARGAUUCACAAGAAUCUGUUACGAGUAGCAAUAGCAAAGCGACUMCUUGUACGUCGCCAGAACCUCAAGUUAAAAACACAAAAGUGAACUCUGUAUCUGACGCUGCCAAAGAUCAGAACGAACUUAUAAAGAAACCCCUUUCUUCUAAUAUUGUAGAAUCWMCGAGGCAGGGCAAUUGUAAUUUGUCAUCGCCUGAGUKUAAUAGUAAACCUUUGGGUCAGGAAAAAUCGGAUAUUGUUUUAAAAGCUCCAUCUUCAGGAAAUAACACUGAGAUAAUUGAAUCUCGAAAUUGUAUAUCUGCUGGGGUAAAAACAGACCAAAGAAGUUCAUCUCCAGAUACAGCAAAARAUUCUGGUUUAAAUCGCACAACUUCCCCAGUGAGUGAAUCGCAAACURUUAGUUCAGAAAAAARUAAUUYAARUAUUGCAGAAAUGUCUAAGAUACCAACACCGACAUCAUCCAACCAAGUAUCGAGGAUUCCAUCCCUCACAAAGACUUCAACUCCACCUUCAAAAAUCCCACCAAAGAGCAAGAUACCUUCCUUUUCAAAGAAAAGCGAAGAAGAGCCAAAAAAGACCAACAUUCCUACAGGGAUUAGUGACAAACCCACUAGCAAAAUUCCUGGUCCUCAGCGAGCUGACCCAGCAAAAGAGAACAAAGAYCCAGCAUUAAAUGGAGACAGCUUAGAGGACGUAAAUAAGCAAAAUGCUAAAGUAAGUCGUAUUCCUUCAAUCGCAAAGAGUACCAGUCCUGCAGUGUCUAAAAUUCCAUCGAUGACUCGUCCGGAAAAUCAAGGAAACCAGACAACAGAAGGUGUCGAGACUCCCAAAAGUAGAAUCCCAUCCAUCUCAAGCUCUCAGCAAGGCAACAGCACUCCGCCCAGUAAAAUACCUUCCUUCUYAAACAAGCACAGCCUUACUAAGACUCCAAGUAAAGAAGAGCCGGAAUCCAAAAUCCCRCAUCUAAGCACGACRCCUAAAACUACKGGYAUUCCUAAGCCAGAGGUWACUGSACAAACAGGGAUUCCGAAACUUGACCUCAAACCCGCAUUUGCAACYACGGAAUCCAGAAUUCCUCAACUUCAUAGUCCAGGACAGAAAGAAAGCGGCAUUCCUAAACCAGAAGUUGUUUCGUCUGRUACAUCUAAACCUGAAACACCAACAACACCAUCUGAAUCCAAAAUUCCUCAGUUUUCAACCCCAAGAAGUAAAAUACCAGCGCCAGCAGGAAGCAUUCUUACUCGAAAAGAUUCCGAUGAAAGAAUUAAAAAACCGAAAAUUGAAGAAACUCCAAAAGUUGAAGAGACUUCAAAAGUCGAAGAGACGAUGAAGGUCGACGAACCACAGAMAAAAGAUACACCUUCCCCUGGCAAGGUUCCCCCUACACCACCCCCUCGGCAGGAUGUUAGUACUGAAGAAUCGAAGGCGAAUUUAGACCUUUCUAUGAACGAGGAUAUCUUCUCCGAAGCCAARCGAAUGGAAGAGCUCCUGCGCAAUGAGUCUAUUGUUGUCGAAGUUCCUACCAACGAAGAUGGUUUAACCAUCGGUAAAAGUGAAGUUUCCAAGCUGGAUUGCGAUAAAGCAGCAAAUGUUGAACAAAAGGUUACAGAAUCUGUAGGGGUGAGUGAGUCAAGCAAUAAUAACCUCAAAGAAAUACAAACUGACAAGAAGGAUAAAGAGCCGUUUUCAUUUAAAACAUUCGGCAAGAAAGAGGAUCAAGUGACGGUUUCGAAUGUGAGUGAGACUGUUUCCGCUACAACAUUCUCCCUUGGUUUGAAAAAAGAGUUCAAAGAAGAAGGAAAGACUGAAGAAAUGAGAGAAAGCAUUGAGGUCACAUCGCCGAUGGAAAAUAAAGAAACACCCGCCAUUGACACUCUUGGUCAGUAUGAACAACAGUCACGUCGUUCGAGGAGUCGUCAACGAAAGAUCAUCAGCCCCGACGGCGAUGAAGCCAACAARACAUUUGAACAAACCAAUGAAGACGAUGAAAUCAAAACGGCGCUUGAYAAAGAAUUUCCAUCARUGGCAGAUGAUACAGAAGCAAAGACGAAACAAAGUAAGAGCAAARCUAAACACGACAAGCCAAAGUUUGUCAUCGAAUCAUCACUUGGAGCYGACUUCUAUCAAUCAAAAAGUUCUCAGUCAAAAGACAGCAUUGCAGACGAGGCAAAGGCUAAAGAAGUGGUAGURAUACAAAACAAAGCGUUUGACGAUUCCAAAGGUGUGCCCAAAACUGAUWUCAAGAAAAGCGAGAAGASUGAGACAGCAACUAACAAGGACUCUGCAGCCUUUGACGACGUCGAUSUCAGCUCGAAUAGAGAAUCCAAGGUYGAGAUGAAAGCCUGGAGCAUGGAAGAGUUGGACGAGAAGACAGUCAAAUGUUCUUGUGGACGUGGUGGGAAGUGCGCUAUUAUGUAAUCUUUGUGACCAGGCAAAAAURCAAACUACCGUUUACUGACUUAGUUGGUCUGGUUAUUUUUUUGCUGGCAACUAUUGGAUGUAGUGUAACGCAGUACAAUUGAACACAUAUAUAAAUGCCCGUAUAAACCAAGCACAAAUAUAAAGUAUAGUUCAUAGCGCCAAUCAAUGAAAUUGAUAGAUAUUUGUAUAGUAACAUUUACAAACGUUGAGGACUGCUACAUACACGCAUGCGUAAAAUGAMCAGUAUCRACAUGCGCAAAGUUGUAGAUUAGUGUUCAGGUUUUUAGUCCUAAGUUUUAUUGCGCMGAUAACCCUUGUGACGUAAUAAAUGGAGUCACGUGAGCCAGCAUUUAGUGUAGAAGUAGCGCGGAAGGGUAAAUUCAGCRGUAGAUCCUAGUUAACGUAACAUAUUAUAUAUAAAGGUAUAUGGAAUAACUAAAAUGUAAGACAAAUGUUUUAAUGAUGAUGUUUACUCAUCCGUGAAUUAAAGAGAUAGAAGGAAAAAAA